AUGUUCAAGCCAACUGAGGGAGAAGAAUUUGCGAGGGAUUUUUUCGUCUUCAUCUUGAUGUUUUUUAUUUUGGUUGGAAACGCCCUGAUUAUAGCAGCGUUCAUAAAAAACCGCUUGCUUCGAACAGGAUCGAACGUUUUCAUCGUCGGUUUAGCUGCUUCUGAUUGGCUUGUGGGAGCAAUAGCCAUUCCUCUAUAUGUGGCGAAUCUCAAACAAGAACUGCCUGGCACGCUUUUAGAAAGGUCUUACAUCACACUGGACAUUUUUAGUGGAACAGCAUCCGUUUUCCAUCUAGUGUCAGUCACUGUGGAGCGUUAUAUCGCCAUCACAAGACCUUUUCUACAUCACACUCUCCUACUCGAUUCUUAUUAUAAAGCACUAGCCCUCGUCUGGGCCCUAUCUUUAAUUCUCUCCUGCCUCGACUUCAUUCUUACACCCAAAGUCAGCAGUAAAUACCCCUUCUAUAUCCUCGUUACCUUGUUUUUUCUCGCGCUUGUGACGAUUGUCCCUUUAGACAUACUCAUUUUUAAGAUUUCUCGUUCGCUGAUUCGCAACACUGUUGAGCCCGCGGUGCAUACAACCAGAAGCAACGAGUCCUUAAGAAGGAAACUUCGCCGCGAGAGAAGAACGGCUGCAACAAUCAUGAUUACGUGCGGGGCGUUUUUUGUCACGUGGCUUCCUCACCUGGUAGCAGCGUUCGUGUUCACAUUCUGUUUUCCUUGUAAUCUUUCCCCGGUGGAUAUCGGCCGCGUGGGUGCUUUCGUCAAGUGUAUGCAAUACGCUAACAGUGCAUUGAAUCCGUUUGUGUUCGCGUUUCGCGAUGCUCAAAUUAGAACAACGAUAAAAAGGAUGAUAAACUCCUGCUUGAACAUUGUCCAAACGGCCGCAAGUUCAUCUCAAGAAUCGUCGUAG